CACACACACACACACACACACACACACAUACACACACAAACACACACACGUAUACACACGCAAGCACGCAAGCACACACACACACACGUCAACACAGCCAACAACAGCAGCAUGCACGAAGAACAACAACACCAGACACAAGCAGGCGACGCCGUCCCGGCCCAGCGUAGCCCUCCCCAAACUCAACACCACGACGACAUGGGCAAAGAUGCAGGCGACGCAGCAAGCACAAGCACAGCAAACAGCACAAGCAUGGCAAGCAGCAGCCCAAAGCACCCAAAUCGCGGCAUGUUUGUUGCCUACGGAGAGGGUGUGCGCACCAGGUGCAUGCAUCACCAAACGAGCUCGACAACACACGUUCUCUCCUUCGACAAAAUCAGCGACGACAACACCGUUGAGCAUGGGAGCGGACAGUAUUGCGUGCGGCGCCCGCCCGUUUUGGCGCGCAUUGCGCAGAGCGACCCCAGCAACAUCACCUGCACCCUGCAGACAUCACCCACCGUGCUGACCGUCACAGGUGUCACACGUGAGCAGGCGGCUGCGCUGGCAGAAGAGUGCACCAGCGAGCUCAUGGAGGCGUACUGCGACGCCGUCAUGUUAGAUGGUGGUUCAUACGACCUCAACUUCUACAUGCACCGCUUCUUCGAUGAGGGCGAAGACGGUGGUGAACGUGUGCAUGACGCCCACGAACGCGCUGCCUCUGCACACGCCAGUGACACCAACACCAGUACUUGCAGUGAGCACAGCACCGCCAACAGCAACGAUGUCAACUCAAGCACUUGCAGUGAGCGCAGCACCGCCAGCAGCAACGACAGUGGUAGUGAUGAUGUUCAGUCUGGGGAGGAGGCGAGCGAUGUUGGUGGUGGUGGUGAUGGUGGUGUUCACAGCACGAGCCAGAGCAGCGGCAACGACAGCGACAGCAUCACUGCCAAGCAAGAUUCUGCAGAGCCACCAGCAGCUGCGCGCAUGUGCAUGCAGGCCAUCCCCGUCAACAUUGCGGGGAUGCACGGCGACUUCAAGCUGGAGGACGAUGACGAGAAUUUCGCGCUCGUCGCUGCUGCCAUCCGCCGCGCCCUGGACCGGCUGCAGUACACGAAGGACACGGAGUUUGCUGCAGUGGGUCCGAAGUUGCUGUUGGACUGA